AUGCUCUCUGUGGCCUCACGUGAUGUCUCUUCGGGGAUGGAGUCCCAGAGUGCAGUGGGGACACCAUACAAUGUGCAGCAGUUGCAGUCAGAGUUCCACGCUCUCACACCGCGCGAGGCAUAUAGAGAACUGUGCCAGCGCUUCCAGUGUCAUCCAAUCUCAGCAGUAGCGGCCAUGUUUCCAGAUCGUAUUGGACAAUGGAAUGAAACGACGGAAUUGAACUUUUCUCGAUUAUAUGUUGGAGCAAAAGGAGUCCGUCCGGUGGUAGAGCUUUGUAAACGAUUUCCCGCUCUCAAGUCACUGAACUUUGCUAAUAAUUAUCUAACAAAUGACUCUGUUUACUUUAUCACACGUAUGGCGAUGUUCCACCCGGCAUUAGAGCGUAUUGAACUGAGCGGCAAUGAGUUCAUCUCAUGGACGGGUGGCACUUAUCUCGCGGAGUUGGUGGUGCGAAACACAAAUAUGAAGGAAGUGGGUGUGCGCCGCACGUCUCUACCGCAGCCGGUGGCGGAGUCUGUGUUUGAACAGACAAGACGCAAUUGUGUAUUGGCCUUUCACGCCUCAGGGGGCACACCGAAGCCAAGUGUUCAUCCUGAAGUAAUUCACCUGCGAGCGAUGAAACGUUACUUUGUGGAGAUACAGCAGAAUGGCACAGUGCCGGCGUCGGCGUUAGUAGAUGGACUGCGUGAGCGGAUGCGUAUUCUCGGACACGAGCGUGACUUUGGUACCUUCACAGAGGAAUUCUUAGAGCAACUGAAGGCCCGUGCCCCACAGGAGCGUCUCACGUGGGAAAUGUUUAUUGUGCUUUUGCGACUUGAUGGUAGUGAGUAUGAUGACAUAUUGAUAAAGAAACUACAGCGUGUAUUUUUGGAGUUUAACAUGGAACCAUCAGAAGGUAUGGAAGGCUUCAUUGAGGCACGGGAUCUUGCUGCGAUACAUGCACGCCUGUAUGGUGAACCAAUAUCCUCUGAAGAGGUAAAACAUCUUUGUAGUCGUAUUGGUCUGGAUGAGACCAUGACGAUUCAGUGGGAUGAAUUUAUGAUGAUAAUGUAUAUUCGUGGUCCUAAGGAGAUGUAUGAUGCUCUCUCCUGGACUAGGACCCCUCUGGAACACCCUAAAACAGCACUUUACUUUUGA